AUUAUUUUUCUUCAUCAUGUCAUCACCAAUUGCCUCCUCUCCUUUAAAGAAACGGCGUCGAUCCUCCUCGUCCUGUGAUGAAUCAUCGAAUAAACGACCAUCCAUUAGUCAAUCAAGCUCAGCAUUGGCACCUUUACCGCCACCUAUGCUUUCAACCAACCAUCCAGCAUCACCAUCAUCGUUAACUCCAGGUAUUGCUUAUUAUCCUGUUUAUACUACACAUACUGGUCAUUUUUAUAUUGCAUCACCACCAUUACAUCCUUCGUCACCAUCACACCCUACCAAGAUUUUACCUAAACUCCCUACCUUACCACCCUCUCCUACUCCUUAUACAUUUUAUCAUCCAUAUCCAUCAUCAUCAUCAUCAUCAUCUGAUUAUCCCAUCACGACGGCCGAUCAACGAGAACAAGCAAGAAAAGUAUCACAUAGUGCAAUUGAAAGACGACGACGAGAAAGAAUCAAUGACAAGAUCAUGCAAUUGAAAAAAUUGAUCCCCACCUGUGCCGAUCAAGAUAAUCUACACAAGAUGUCCAUUUUACAAAGUGCCAUUGAUUAUAUCACCUAUCUUAAACAAGUCGUACCUGCUACCCAUCCAACGCCUCUGCCUGUCCAACGUCGCUCCAUGUUACCAAAGGAAGUCGAGCCUUAUACCAAUCAAUUCAGUACAAGACCUGUCUCGCCUCCCUUAUCCAAUGAUGAUGAUGAUGACCAUCAUUCUUCUUUGAAACCAAGUGAUCUCUUAUUAUCCACUCCUUCUUCCACCAAAAAUAUGAGCUUAAAAAACAUUUUAUGUUAG